CCCCGCCGCUCAAACUAUCCAGUCCUCCAGUGUUUCAUACACGCUUCCUGGAGGAUAACCACAUAGCCUUCCUACGGAGCAAGCAAGCCGGGGAGGUAGAAUGAGGUAUACAUAUCUAUGUGAAGGAACAUGAACAUGGACCCUUGAACUCAAGGAAUGACCCCCCCCCCCCCGGCACAAUCUAGUAAAAUUUGAGUUUUUUCUGUUUGGUUUUCCAUCUCGCUUUGAUGGAAAACAACUAUGAUUACGUGGCAUUUUUCAUUCGGAUGACACUUAGAAUUGGAUAUUGAUCGCGUAGCUAUCUCAUUACUGUAAAGCCUGCUUGUCUCUUGAAGAGUAUUUAAAUUCUACCUUGACACUACUGCCUCCACAUAUCUCUCAUUUCUGUGGAAUACCGGGACGUUUGACGUCAGCACUUAAUACGCAAUAUUCCACUGCAAUCUAGUGCUAAUUAAAUUGCUAUAGCCUCCUUGCAAGACCAAGGUGUGUUCAUUUUUGUCUGAUUCAUAGUUUUAAGAUUUGUUUUAUUUUAUGUUAUUUAAACUUGUUUGACAUGUAGCCGUCUUUUCUAAGCUGCACUUUAUUGAUAAAUAUCAUCACUAAGAUAUUUUAAACUGUAUUUUAAGCAUAUCUUUGAGUUAUAUAUUUUUUUUCAUCUUUAGGGGUAUAUAUAUUCUGUUUUAAUUUUAAACUGGAAAAGUAUAUAGUUUUUGUUUACAAGCCUUGUCUGUCGAUCAUUCCGAAAUGGACAAAUCUAGAAUCUGAUAGCAUUUAAGGACAAGGUAGACAUAAUCUGGAAUUGACAGAUCUAAGAUCAAUCCUUGUCUUCGGCAUUUGCGUUGUGAAGGCUGGUGUUUUUCAUUGUUUUUAUGUUCCUCUGUUGGAUUGACACACUAAAGAGAAUAAUCUCCAUCUGAAGGCCAGUGGGAGUUAUUUUUCUUGGAUCGUACAAUACUCCUUUGAGUGCAGAUGGAUUUCACACGUCAAACUCAGAGGUGCUUUUGUGGCGUUGCCUUUGAAAUUCAAGCACUGAAGUGGAAGAAAGAUUUUAAGGAGGUUUCAGGGAUAAAUAACUUGUGUUUUUAGUUUUUAAGACAAACUGACAGGUCUAUAGUUAUAUUUUCGUCUUCCUAGCAGAUCCUAAGGAGAGGUGCUUCCAUUUGAUUCUCCUUUUUAAGGUGGCCAUCAGUGGCCAAAUGAACUGACAUGUGUAUCACUACCUGAAUUUAAACAGACUUAUUCCAUCCAACAAACUGCCAACUGCAUGAAACACUCACACACCGUCCACCUGUCAGGAAACAGACCGUACCUACCGUAAACCUGAGGGUUGGAAGUCCUCUCCCGUCAAGCCCCCCACUCUAAGGAUGCGUUCCCCAGAGCCCCCCAUCCCAUCCCCAGCUGAGGCGCUACUCCACUGCCAGUUCGGGGGCUGGGGAACGGGCAGCAGCUGCAACAACAGCUGCCCCAACAGUCCUGGAGGUCCUGGGGGUCUGUCGUCCCCUUCUCCCUCCCCCAACCCCUCUCCUGCCUCCAGCUAUGCCUUGACCCUCACCCCCUCCCACAUCCACGUCCAGCGCCUGGCCCCCCGCCCUGGUAAAGAGGCACGUCUAAUACUACCCCUGUCAGAGCUGGCAGGGUGCAGCUGUCCCCGUGCCCCUGCUCCCCCCUUGCUGGUUCUAUACUGGUAUCCCCCGGGGAGGCGGAGGAAGGGGGUGUCCAGGAGGAGGCAGGUGAGGGCGUACCUGGCUGAGGCCAGGGUGGAGGCUGAGAGGUGGUCCACUGCUAUACAAUGUCUGCUCAGGGGAGUCGCCAUCACUGCUGACACGGAAAUUGGCAAAUGUCUACUGCCCCGUCCCCGAAGGCUGCUGCUAUUGGUGAACCCCUUCAGUGGGAGAGGCCAGGCUAUGCAGUGGUGUCAGACACACAUCCUGCCAAUGAUCAGAGAGGCUAACAUCAGCUACAACCUGAUACAGACAGAGCGACAGAACCAUGCCAGAGAGUUGAUCAAAGAGAUCUCCCUGCCACAGUGGGACGGCAUCAUCAUCGUCUCUGGAGAUGGCCUGCUGCACGAGGUGAUCAAUGGUUUGAUGGAGCGUCCAGACUGGGAACUAGCAAUAAAGACACCUGUAGGCAUCCUGCCCUGUGGCUCUGGAAAUGCCCUGGCUGGCUCCAUCAACCACCAUGCAGGUUAUGACAUGUGCCUUCGGGAGCCUCUCCUCCUCAACUGCUGUUUUCAGCUCUGCCGUGGCGGAGUCAAGCCCAUGGAUUUGGUCUCUGUGACAACCAGCCCCGCCCCUUCUCAAAAUGGCCGUCCGGGUCUUCCCAGAAGGAUGUUCUCCUUCCUGUCUGUGGCCUGGGGCUUUGUGUCUGACGUGGACAUCGAGAGUGAGAGGUACCGGGGUCUGGGCUCGGCACGGUUCACCCUGGGCACUCUGGUCCGCCUGGCCUCCCUGCGCUCCUAUAAGGGCCGUCUGUCCUACCUGCCCCCCUCCAUAGUCGCCACAUCCCCAGACGCCAUCCCUCCGCCCCUGCGCAGACCCCUGUCCCGCAGCAUCACUGAGGGCCUGGAGGGCUUCUGCCACACCCCCAUCCAACGCACCAGCUCUGACAUGGGCCUCAGCGAACAGAGGAGUCUGGGGAGGGUAGACACGGAAAGGGAGAGGGAGAGAGAGAUGGAGAGGCAGAGAGAGAGGGAGAGGAGGAGGGAGAGGGCCAGGGGAGGGGGAACGGGGGUGGUCAGGGCGAGUAGCUUGGCAGAGGAUCGAGAGAGAGAGAUGGAGGGAGAGGCGGGGAGGUCAGGGACAAGUUCGGAGUCGAACGAAAGGGAAGAUUGCAGGAUGGGAAGGGAGGAUGGGAUGACGGGGAACAUGGAAGAAAAGCCAGAUGAGGAAAAAGAAGACGGAACGAUGGAGCAGGACUCAGGGGUGAUAGAGGAAAUAGAGGAGAGAGUGAGGAAUGGGGAAGGCAGCAGCGGCUCAAUGGAUGGGGUGAUGGAAGCGAAGGAGGUUGGAGAGGGGUACGGGGUGGACAUGGGGCGAGAGGCCAACGAGGACCCAGAGAGGUGUUACUCGUACCCAGACAACCUCCAGCAGACCAGACUGGCUCUAAGGAAGAACUCUGCCCCUUCCAGCCAGAUAGCUAACGCCUUCUUUAGCCAGCCCCUCAGCCAGGAGGCUGACCCCGUGUCUGGAGCCUCGUACAGAGCAGAAGAGAUGGAUUUGAACGGAACAUACUUCCAGAAAGAAGCUUACCCGCUGGACAUCGCCCGGGAGAGAGCCCUCACCAUAUCCUCUCCCUUCAGACACUCUCCUUUCUCCUUCAAGCCCAAAUCUCUGGACCAGAACGCAUCCCGCCCCAGACCCCUAUCCCUCCUCCACCACCCCCACUCCAACUCCCUACCCCCCAAACUCCCCUCCCUGUCCCUCUCCCUCUCUCCCACGCCCCCUUCCUCCCCGUCCUGUGCCUCCCCCCACUCCUCCUCCUACCUCGUUCCGCGCCCCAACACCCCCAACUCCACCUCCUCUUCCCCGUCUCUCCAGUCCCCCUCCUUUACCUUUGACAUUGCAGAGCCUGCCGGACCCCUCAAGAACCGCCCCCCCGUCUCACUCCCUUUCAACCCUCCCAGGGAUGACCUCCUGCCCCCCUUGGACCAGGCCCUGCCGACCCGGGACUGGGUGACCAUCGAGGGGGACUUUGUGCUUGUGCUGGCCAUCUACCAGUCCCAUCUCGGGGCAGACCUCCAUGCCGCCCCCCAAGCCAGGUUUGACGACGGGCUGAUCCACCUGACGUUUGUGCGGGCAGGGAUCUCCAGAGCCACCCUGCUCCGUCUGUUCCUGGCCAUGGAGAGGGGGGCACACCUGUCUCUCAGCUCCCCCUAUGUGAGCCACGUCCCAGCCAGGGCCUUCAGGCUGCAGCCCCUCUCCCCACGAGGAACACUCACUGUGGACGGGGAACUGGUGCCAUACGGCCCGCUGCAGGCACAGGUCCAUCCCUCUAUGUCCCGGCUCAUUGUCGGUGACUCUGGAGUGAAGAUCACCCGAUUCUGACAAGGGAUUGGCUGACCAGAUCAGCUGAUACGGCGCUCUAGAGACUGAAAAUAGCCCAAAUAAUUUCUGGGGUUUAAUGGAAGGGAUCACCUGCUGAGCAGAGCGGCGGUGCAGGACGCAAGCCGAGGGAUUAAUAGAGAAUUUUAAAAACGAAUGAAAACGAGCUUUGUUGCACAGCUGUUGGAUUACACUCCGUUUAUCCUGAGAAGCCUGUACCUGCAUAGCCAUGGGAACAAAAUAGGGGGGGGGGGACAAGUUGAAUGUGUAUGGGGGAGUGUGUAUUCAGUGCAUGUGUGUGGUGUAUACAUUCUAGUAUGCACAAAUGGCAUGCAGAGAUGCACAUUUCCUGACCUUGCCUUACAGAGAGAGUUCAGAUUUCUUUGUUCUCUAUCAAAGCUGUCCUAGAACAGUUCUAGUUCUAUAUCAGAACUAUCAAAGCUGUCCUAGAACAGUUCUAGUUCUAUAUCAGAACUAUCAAAGCUGUCCUAGAACAGUUCUAGUUCUAUAUCAGAACUAUCAAAAAUGUCCUAGUUUUAGAACUAUUUCAGAGGGAGCCACACCCUCAUGCAAAUGUAGAUCCCCUUCCGUAUUGGAACCUACGUCCUUCCCUGUAAUGCCUUAAAGUACAACUCCUGUGACCUUUCCCUUUCUGUCUUAUAUAAGAAGCCUAAACCUGCGACUCUGCAAAUCUCCAUUCACCAGAGGCUGGUGGGAGGAGCUAUAGGAGGACGGGCUCAUUGUAAAGACUGGAAUGGAAUUAAUGGAACGGUAUCAAACCCAUAUAAAACCCCAUGUUUGACUCCGUUCUAUUUAUUCCACUCCAGCCAUGACAAUGAGCCCGUCCUCAUAUAGCUCCUCCCACCAGCCUCCUCUGCCAUCAAGGUAUAUCAGAGGGAACCGUCCACUAUAGGAACAACAAAGCAAAGCUGAUGAGCAUACUGUGGUGUUAGUUAAGUUUGUAUUGGUGUGUAUGAAAUAUCUGUGAACAAAGGAAGUUUAUUAGCAAUCUCAUGGAGAUGAUUACUCCUAGAAUAAACCAGUAAAGUUAGAUCAUCACUGAAAUAAAUAUAAAGCUCAUUGAGUCCUUUUACACGGGUAUUCCACAAUAGUAGGAUAGACGGGACUGUUGAACAGUGGCCAUCAUGGUGUAUAGUGCAUUUGCCUGUUUUUCUUAGCAAAAGGGGUGCAUGAUGAUAAUGAUGAUGCUAGAUUAUGAAGUUGCAACACAGUGAACAUGAGACUGUUGCUUGAUCAAGUUUCAUGUAUGUUGUCACGGAAUCCUCUGAAAGUCUCACAAAGACCCAGAAUGCUGGUUGUUUUCAGCAAAUAGUCACUAGUUCCACAUGUGUAAACUGCCUUUUUACAUAGCUCUGUUGUAGUCGGUUUUAAUUGAUAUAAUUGUGAGUAGAUUCUGAUGUGUUAUGCAGCUGCAGAAAAUCAACAUUCGAUUGGAUUCUAUCUCUUAGAUAAAGAUUGCUGUUUAAAGGAACAAGAUGGUCUUGUCUUGCUGGUGUUAUUUACCACAUGACAAGCAGAUCGUUUCCAUAGGAGACCAUUAUAAUCUUAAACAGACAACAUAAACUCAGUAAAUGAUUGAUUACCAUCUUGAGAAUUUAGCUAGUCACAGACAAGGCUGUGCCUCCCAACUCAAAUCAUAGCUUACAUUUCAGAAAUUGAUUUCUCAAUGGGAUGUAGCCUAUACAGUUGAAGUCGGAAGUUUUCAUACACUUAGGUUGGAGUCAUUAAAAUUUGUUUUUCAACCACUACACAAAUUUCUUGUUAAAAAACUAGUUUUGGCAAGUCGGUUAGGACAUCUACUUUGUGCAUGACACAAGUAAUUUUUCCAACAAUUGUUUACAGACAGAUUAUUUCACUUAUAAUUCACUGUAUCACAAUUCCAGUGGGUCAGAAGUUUACAUACACUAAGUUGACUGUGCCUUUAAACAGCUUGGAAAAUUCCAGAAAAUGAUGCCAUGGCUUUCGAAGCUUCUGAUAGGCUAAUUGACAUAAUUUGAGUCAAUUGGAAGUGUACCUUUGGAUGUAUUUCAAGGCCUACCUUCAAACUCAGUGCCUCUUUGCUUGACAUCAUGGGAAAAUAAAAACAAAUCAGCCAAGACCACAAGUCUGGUUCAUCCUUGGGAGCAAUUUCCAAAUGCCUGAAGGUACCACAUUCAUCUGUACAAACAAUAGUAUGCAAGUAUAAACACUAUGGGACCACGCAGCCGUCAUACCGCUCAGGAAGGUGCGAAAACUGCAAAUCAAUCCCAGAACAGCAGCAAAAGACCUUGUGAAGAUGCUGGAGGAAACGGGUACAAAAGUAUCUAUAUCCACAGUAGAACGAGUCCUAUAUCGACAUAACCUGAAAGCCAGACGACGGUUUGCAACUGCACGUGGGGACAAAGAUUGUACUUUUUGGAGAAGUGUCCUCUGGUCUGAUGAAACAAAAAUAGAAAUGUUUGGCUAUAAUGACCAUCGUUAUGUUUGGAGGGGAAAUGGGGAGGUUUGGGAUGCUUGCAAGCCGAAGAACACCAUCCCAACCGUGAAGCAGGGGGUGGCAGCAUUAUGUUGUGGGGGUGCUUUGCUGCAGGAGGGACAGGUGCACUUCACAAAAUAGAUGGCAUCAUGAGAUAGGAAAAUGAUGUGGAUAUAUUGAAGCAACAAAUGGGUCUUCCAAGUGGACAAUGACCCCAAGCAUACUUCCAAAGUUGUAGCAAAUGGCUUAAGGACAACAAAGUCAAGGUAUUGGAGUGGCCAUCACAAAGCCCUGACCUCAAUCCUAUAGAACAUUUUGGGCAGAACUGAAAAAGUGUGUGCGAGCAAGGAGGCCUACAAACCUGACUCAGUUCCACCAGCUCUGUCAGGAGGAAUGGGCCAAAAUUCACCCAACUUAUUGUGGGAAGCUUGUGGAAGGCUACCCUAAAGGUUUGACCCAAGUUAAACAAUUUGAAGGCAAUGCUACCAAAUACUAAUUGAGUGUAUGUAAACUUCUGACCCAUUGGGAAUGUGAUGAAAGAAAUAAAAGCUGAAAUAAAUCAUUCUCUACUAUUUUUCUGACAUUUCACAUUCUUAAAAUAAAGUGGUGAUCCUAACUGACCUAAAACAGGGAAUUUUUACGAGGAUUCAAUGUCAGGAAUUGUGAAAAACUGAGUUUAAAUGUAUUUGGCUAAGGUGUAUGUAAACUUCCGACUUCAACUGUACCUAGUAUGUCUAUGUUGAACGGGUGUUUUUGUUAACCUCAAAAACAUGAUUCUUAUGUAUUUGUGACCGGAACAAAUUUAAUAUGUCAGGAAUUUAAUCUUAUGAGCAUGUAUCAAUCAAUUAUGCCAUGUUUGACUGCUUGGGGCUGUUUGGUCCACAGUACCCCUGCCGCUUGAUAUGAAUUAAUCAUGUCUGAGUAAUUCAAGGCCUCUGUGUUCUCUUGUCUGCUAAUUUUGGGCCCUGUUCAAAUACUUUGAUGCAGCCCAUCCUCCCUUAAUUUUUUUAUUUAACCUUUACUCCUUCCUCUUAGUAAUCCCUGAUAUCACAAGACUUGAUAGGUGAAGGCUAUGUGAUAUAAUCCUUGCUGAUGCAGUGUUGCUAAUCAGUUAGUUUAUCAGUGAUUACUUUAAGGAAGGAAAAUAUUUCAUUUCAAAUGGGGCCUUGGUCCCUAGACUGAAGCUUUCCAUCCCUGGUCAUGCAAGGUAAAUUGACAGGCUAUACACCAAGCUUCCUUCUAUCUAUGGCCUGAGGAUAAAACAUUUCACAAGACUGGAUGGUGGUUCUCGGGCUGGUGUCAGUGCAUUAUGACAAAUAAUUACAAAACUAUUCACUCUCAAUUUUAAGUGACUCGCUGUGACAAUUGAAACCUGAUGUACUGCUCAGUGUCUGUGACCAGGGUCCUACAACCGGGAUUUCGGGAAAACUUUCAAUAAAUUCCCUGGUUAACUGAAUUUUUCAACCCAAGGUGUGACCCCUUGCUAAUGCCAAUAAAAUGUAUUGUCUAUAGAUGGAUUGGCCUGUAAUAAACUUGUAAUUAUUACUAAAAUUAAAAUAUAUACAUAUAAUGUACAGUUCAUAGUUAUAUAUUAUUAUUAUUUUUUUAAAUCCUUAAAAUAAUAAAUGUAUCUUGUAAACUUGUC